AUGGCCAGCAUGCGGCCUCCCACCCGCCUCCCCCGGGUUCCAGGCGGUGGGAUCCGCGGCCCCGUCCAACGCCUCGCCAGCCUCCGCAAUCCCAAUCCCACCCCAAUACCGCGCCCGCAACCAAAACCUACCACCCACCUCAAGACCACCACCUGUCCAAACCCAGGCUGCCCUGCCCCAAAUAUUGUCGAGGACGAUGGAAUGAAAGUUUGUUCGGGCUGUGGUACUGUCGUCAGCGAAGCGAACAUUGUCUCUGAAAUCACGUUUGGUGAAUCCGCAUCUGGUGCGGCCAUUGUGCAAGGGACCUUCGUUGGUGCGGGUCAGAGCCAUGGACGCAGCUUCGGGCCCGGGUUUCAACGAGGUGGGGGCAUGGAGAGUAGAGAGAUCACAGAGCAAAAUGGAAACCGUUAUAUUGCCCAGCUAUCUCGAGCAUUGAAUGUCCCAGAAAGCGCUACCAAGGCUGCUGGUCAAGUUUUCAAACUUGCAGUGGGAUUAAAUUUUAUCCAAGGUCGCCGCACAAAGACUGUUGCGGCCGUGUGUCUGUACAUUGCCUGUCGCCGCCAGGAUGGAAAUACGGUCAUGUUGAUUGACUUUGCUGAUGUGCUAAUGCUUGAAUUCGGUUCCUCGAUGAUGCAGGUUGCAAGCGAGGCAGUCCGCAUUGUGCAGCGGAUGAACCGAGAUUGGAUGAUUACUGGGCGGCGCCCUGCAGGCAUCUGCGGCGCUGCUUUGAUCCUUGCAGCCCGCAUGAACAACUUCCGACGAACUGUCCGCGAGGUUGUAUACGUUGUUAAAGUAACGGAGCUGACAAUCCAUCAGCGGUUGAACGAGUUUAAAGCGACAGAGAGCGGAGACCUCACCGUCGACCAAUUCCGCUCCGUCCAACUGGAGAAUUCCCAUGACCCACCUUCCUUCACUCAAGGGAAGAGGUUGAAACAGGCAAUGAAGGAGAAAAGGCCCACUACGGAAAUCGUAAGCGACGAUGAUGAGGAUGGAAACACCCCAGAACCAACAUCUUCCCCUGUGAACACAAGACGGGUAGAUGCAGAUGGCUUCGCUAUCCCAGAUGUGCCCAUCGAUCCCGCCCUGCUAGUCGACAAAGACGACUCCCCAGAUUCCACAACCAAGACGAAACGCGGCCGACCAAAGGGCACCAAAAAUUUCCGCCCCCCACCCCCAACAGAAUCCGAACUAGCCUCCGAAUCCGCCCUCGAAUCCGAAAUGCAAGAACUCCUCACAACAGGCUCGAACCUACUCGCCUCCACCAACACCACCUCUCAACCCACACCAUCGACCAAACCCGCACCCCAACCCCCCAAACCCGUACCUUCCACACCUGACAUUGACGCCAGCGAAUUCGACUCCGACCCAGAAGUAAAGUACUGCCUGCUCUCCCCCGCCGAAGUCGAAAUCAAAGAACGUAUCUGGGUCCAUGAGAACAAAGACUACCUACGCACGCAGCAGGCGAAAGCGCUCAAGCGGGCGUUGGCGGAGGAGGAGGAUUUGAUUAAUGGUCGGGUGCCGGGUAUUACCCGUCGACCACGCAAGCGGAGGAAAGGGAGGAUGGGUGAUGUGGGGUAUUUGGAGGGGAAGGGGGAAAAUGGCGAGGAUGUGGAUGGAAGAGGAACGAGGGCGUCGACGCCCGCAGAAGCUACGAGGCGGAUGCUUGAGAAGAGAGGGUUUAGCAAGAAGAUUAAUUAUCGGCUGUUGGAGGAGAUGUAUGAGGAUGACGAUGAGAGGAAGGGUAUCAAGAGGAGGGAGAGUGAGAAUGGGGAGGGUGGGGUUGGAAGGGAUAGGGAUAGAGAUAGGGACAGGGGGAGGAGUAGGAGUGGGAGUGUAUCAAGGAGUGUGCGGAGUAGCAGUGUAUUUUCCGAAAGGAGUCUCGCGACUAGUGGUGCAGGUGGUCUUGGUAUUCGGGGUCCCGUGAGAGAACGGGUUGUUAAGGCGAUUAGGACGGGGACAACAACGGCUGUUACCGCUCCAUCUACAUCUACAGUCCCUGCCACAACGCCAGCGCCACUGCCAACACCAUCUACACAAACCACCACCACCGCUACUACCAUCGCCGCCACCGAAAAAGAAAAAGAAGCAGAAAAAAUCCCAACCCCAACCCCCACAAACCCCAACGAAGAAAUCCUCGGCUACAUCCCCGGCCCCGACGCGAGCGAGAAUCUCGACGCAGCAGGCAUGGAUGAAGACGACAUGGACAUGGACAUGGACGACGAGGAUGAGGAUGAGGAUGAGGAUGCUGACCUCGACGAUCAUGUCGACGAGGCGUUUGCGGGCAAUUAUUACGGUGGGGGCGGCGCUGAUGAUGAUGAUGACGAUUAUUAUUAG